AAUCGCGAAAACGGGAUGCCGCCGAUGGGCCGGUUGAAAGUGAAAGUGAACCCUGCCGCCAUCUGGUCGCCCGUGGCUGCACUUUCUCGAAAGCUGACUACUCACUUAACCUCACUUUACGCGAUUGUUUUCUUCACGCGAUUUUUGUUGUCGCGGCGAACUCCGGCAGAAGCUCUUUGCAGGAAAAAAUUAAUGUACGCCUACAAGAAAAGUUUGACAGCUAUAAAAUUAUAUCUUACCAAAGAGAGAGAGAUGAAAUUGACGUCGAUAUUGUUUCGUAACGCGAGACAACCACAGAAUGAGAACAAGGUACCUUUCAAGGCGAUUUUGCCGCUAAAAUUAAGGGAUUUCGUGAGCUCGAAGGGUCAAAAGAAUGCAGAAACGCAGGGAUGUUUACAUGAAAUGACCUUGCUUCUGAGGUGUCUCGAGGAGAAUGACCCUGAGAACAAGAGAUGUAUCCCGCAGUUGAAUGCAUUGAAUCAAUGUUACAAGACUUAUGGCGACAGUACGAAGCAUGGGGGGGUACGGAAGCGUGCUUCCGUGAAGGAGCAAUCUGUGCCUGUACCCAACAGUAAGAACCUCACACACAAACAGAUUACACAUCUCUUACGAAGAUAUCCAACGGUAUAACGCCCUUCUCCCUGUAGUGCUUCAUUCAAUGUCGUCAACAUGUAUUGUGAAACAAUUUGAAUCGUUACUUUUCAUGCAAAUGCAUAAAAUGUUUCUGUACAUACUUAUGUGUGAAGAUCGAUAAAUAGCUUUAUUUCAAUUUA